UGUAAAUAAGGCCAGCCUACCACGGAGAGCAAAGGGACAGUGAAGCAGAGGAGGAAGCUGCCACCGCCAGGUACCGCUGCCACUAGCCCCAUGGAACUCCUAUUCAGCAGGAACAAGACAGAGCAGCUGGAGCCCGUGCGGGCCCAAGUGACAGGCAGGAUCCCAACCUGGCUUCGGGGGACUCUGCUUCGCAACGGGCCCGGGAUGCACUCGGUGGGCGAGAGCAGGUACAACCACUGGUUCGACGGCCUGGCCCUGCUGCACAGCUUCACCAUCCAGGACGGUGAGGUCUACUACAGGAGCAAAUACCUGAAAAGUGACACCUACAAUGCCAACAUCGAGGCAAACAGGAUCGUGGUGUCGGAGUUUGGGACAAUGGCCUACCCGGACCCCUGCAAAAACAUCUUCUCCAAAGCGUUCUCCUACCUGUCCCACACCAUCCCCGACUUCACCGACAACUGCCUGAUCAACAUCAUGAGGUGCGGGGAGGAUUUCUACGCGGUCACGGAGACCAACUACCUGCGGAGGAUUGACCCUCGCACGCUGGAGACCCUGGAGAAGGUGGAUUACCGGAAAUACGUGGCGAUCAAUCUGGCAACAGCACAUCCACAUUAUGACGGGGCUGGGAAUGUUCUCAACAUGGGCACAUCCAUUGUGGACAAGGGGAAGACAAGAUACGUGAUGUUUAAAAUCCCUGCCACAGUGCCAGAGGCCAAGAGGAAGGGGCAGAGUCCCCUGAAGCGCACAGAGGUGUUCUGCUCCAUCCCCUCCCGCUCGCUCCUCGCCCCCAGUUACUACCACAGCUUCGGGGUCACCGAGAACUAUGUGGUGUUUCUGGAGCAGCCAUUCAGGUUGGACAUUCUCAAGAUGGCGACUGCCUUCCUGCGGGGAGUGAGCUGGGCGUCCUGCAUGGCUUUCCACAGGGAGGAAAAGACCCACAUUCACAUCAUCGACCAGAGGACCAGAAAGCCGGUACCCACCAAGUUCUACACGGACGCCAUGGUGGUCUUUCACCACGUCAACGCCUACGAGGCAGACGGCUGCAUCGUGUUCGACGUCAUCGCCUACGAGGACAGCAGCCUCUACGACCUCUUCUACCUGGCAAACCUGAACCAGCACUUCGAGGAGAACUCCAGGCUCACGUCGGUGCCCACCCUCCGGCGGUUCGCUGUGCCUCUCCACGUGGACAAGAAUGCAGAAGUGGGCUCAAAUCUAAUCAAGGCGGCAUCCACAACAGCAACCGCCCUGAAGGAAGGGGACGACCAGGUGUACUGCCGGCCCGAGCUGCUGUGCCAAGGCUUGGAGCUCCCCCGGAUCAACUACACCCGCAACGGGAAGCCGUACAGAUACGUGUUCGCCGCCGGAGUGCAGUGGAGUCCGAUCCCAACCAAGAUACUGAAAUACGACACCCUCACCAAGUCAUCCUUGAAAUGGGGAGAGGAGAGCUGCUGGCCGGCUGAGCCCCUGUUUGUGCCCGCGCCAGAUGCCGAGGAUGAGGACGAUGGAGUCAUCUUGUCGGCUGUUGUCUCCACCGACCCAGAGAAGCCACCUUUCCUGCUGAUUCUGGAUGCCAAGAGCUUCACGGAACUGGCUCGCGCCUCGGUGGCCGUGGACAUGCACCUGGACCUGCACGGGCUGUUCAUCCCCGACCCGGACUGGGCUGCGAAGAAUCAGCCCGCUGCUUCCGAGGCUCAGCAGGGCCCGGGUUCAGACUGCCAGGGGCCCCUCCGGCCUGACGGGGCUGACGGGCUUGGGCUCCCCUGACGAGCCGCUCAGGACUAAGCUCGCCACUGGUGGCAUUCUCAUCUGCCCUCUCCAUGGGGGCUGUGGAGGAGCAUGGGGCUCUGGCUCACCUGUGUCUCUUCUGUUUCAUUUUAGCCGGAGAACUGGGUGCAGUGGCUCAGCCCUUGGGAGGCUGUGCCAGGACUGUUAUGAGUUCGAGGCCAGCCUGAGCUACCUUAGUGAGUCUGAGUCCAGCUGAACUGCGUAGCAAGACCCUGUCUCAAAAAAGAAAAACAAAACAAAAUGAAACAAAAUGCCAUACAAACCUUGUUUGAAAGGCAAAUAUUUAUUGUUCAGUUCUGACACUUCUAAGAAAGCCUUUUUUCCUUUAUUAUGAAGCCCUUGAACAUGAAUCAGAAAUUAUAUUCCCAUCACAUAUCGUCACUCUUGAAAUAAGCACCACAGAGGUGCUGGAGAAAACACGGCUCCCUGUGGGUCCUCGCCCCGCCCUCCUCCUCCACAGCCCUUGUGCCUGCUGCCCCGUCCUGGGUCCUGCGUGUGGAGCCCUGGUUUGCUCAGCCGUACCCUGUUAGUGAGCCUCGUGGCCGGGAAGGCUCGCUGCUUUGUGGCCAUUCCAUGCAAGACGCGGUAUAAUAUAAAACAAUAAAAACUUUCAAGUCUGUUCAGAA